AUGCCCCGUGUCCUUCCGGAAAAGCGACAACGGGCGUAUCGGCCUAAAACGAGCACCGGAUGUUUAACCUGCAGGUCCGUGCUCCACACUCUACAUAUUAAGACACCCUUGCUGAUCGAGUUUAGGAAAAGACGCAUUAAGUGCGGUGAGGAGCGCCCCGCUUGUUUACGAUGCACGACAACUGGUCGCUUUUGCGAUGGCUAUGGGGUAUCGGCAUAUCCGGCGUCUUCUAGAGAGUCGACUCCGCGAUCGAAUACAUUUGAAAGAGCGCUUAUAGCUCGGCCGCUUAGCACCCCGUCACACAACAUAUUUUCCAGCGACCAGGAGAGACGGUCAUUUCAAUUUUUCCUGCUGAAGACAGCCCCACAGCUAGCUGGCGACUUUGAGUGCGCCUUCUGGGAGCGCCUGCUGCUUCAGACCGUGCACCGCGAACCGGCUAUUCGCCACGUCACAGUGGCUCUGGGCUCGAUACAUGAGCACUUUCAACGUGACGAAAGCGCUUCUUUUAGCUCUCGCAUGCCAGUCGCUGACAACUCCUUCGCCAUACGCCAGUAUCUCCGCGCCAUACGGUGCUUAACGCCUUCACCCAGUGUAUCACAGUCUAUUGACUCUAUACGCGGCCAUUAUGGCUCAGCCAUCACGCAUAUCACCAGCGGACUCAGAAUUCUUGGUGAGCUUCGGAAUAGCAAUUCGAGGGACUACGUGGCUUUCAGUUUGGGCCGUACCCCUUACGUCUCUGUGGACAUACUGUGUGGACUGUUCACCCGUCUCCAAGCGCAGACUAGUGUUACUGUCAACGGAAUCAACGCAACUGGAUUUGACCUUUGGCCUAAUUUGGUCAUCGACGUUUCCAAGCCCGUCGUGUUUAAUUCGCUGGCCGAUGCACGUGAGAUGCUCGAGGUCUAUACUUACUACUACCGACAGCACAGCACACAGCUGCGAAAUCUAAAUACACAGAUGAGUUUCAAUGAUGUCGCGCCGGCAAGCACCGUUCUCCGCGAUACUUCACUCUGCCUCCUAGCGCAGUGGGCCGCUGGUCUAGACGAAUAUCUGCGCAAGCACAGCGCCUCCCUCACAGAUCGUGAACAGCGUGGGGCUGCUGUUCUCCAGCUGCGCAAAAUGGAAUGCUUUGUCAUGCUAGAUACACUCCGCCCGGAAGACGAGCUGGACCCUGGGAAAAAUAUCCAGUUCGACAGGUACUGUUCUUCGUUCGAACAGAUGGUAAUUUUAGGCGAGUCAAUCGUCAAAUCCUCCUCUUCUCUUCUCCCCUUGUCGCCAAAAACCUUUUCGCUCGAUCUAAGCAUCAUCUCGUGCAUGUUCAAUGUCGCCUCACAGUGUCGCGACCCAUACAUCCGACGGCGUGCUGUACACGUGCUUCGAACCGCUUCUGUUCAGGAAGGGGUAUGGAACAGCCAUUUCGUAGCCAACAUUGCAGAAAAAUGGAUUGAGAUCGAAGAGGAAGGGCUAGGUGUCGUGACGAGUUCCGAAGAUGUACCCGCCUCAGCACGACUAUCACACCUCCUUCCCGUGUUUGAUGUCGAUCAACCUAGCGCCUUGGUAUAUUUCAGCCAUUCGUCUACCAUGGAUUCGAGGACCGUACGCAGGGAGGUCAUAAACUGGUAG